GAGAUAUCUCCUCUUUCAGUUUGGAGGAUGCAUGCAUGCUCGUGCAUCCCGCUCUCCGUUUACUUGAACUGACAAGAAGUAGCCUACAGAAACAGCUCAUGAAAUUCGCAUUUUAACGUUCGACUUCUAGCAGCAAGGAAUCUGUUUCAAAGCCAUGGCGUCAAAAUGUCCAAAAUGCGAUAAAACGGUCUAUUUCGCUGAGAAGGUGACAUCCCUGGGUAAAGACUGGCACAAGUUCUGCCUGAAGUGUGAACGCUGCAACAAGACGCUGAACUCUGGGGGCCACGCAGAGCACGAUGGGAAGCCAUACUGUCACAAGCCAUGCUAUGCUGCCCUCUACGGACCAAAAGGUGUGAACAUCGGUGGAGCGGGCUCCUAUGUUUAUGACACCCCUCCCACCGAAGGUGCCACCACCGAUGGCUCUGCCAGCGUUCCCACGGCAACGGAGACAAAAGCGGAAGAGAGGAAGGCGUCCGCCCCUAAAGGCCCAGUCAAAGCUGCUAGCUUCACAUCUUUUGCUGGACAACCAAAUGUCUGCCCGCGAUGCAACAAGACCGUGUACUUCGCUGAGAAGGUGACAUCUCUGGGUAAAGACUGGCACAAGUUCUGCCUGAAGUGUGAACGUUGUCAGAAGACGCUGAACCCUGGGGGCCACGCAGAGCAUGAAGGCCAGCCGUACUGCCAUAAGCCCUGCUACGCUACACUGUUUGGACCCAAAGGAGUUAACACGGGAGGUGUAGGCAGUUUCAUCUACGAUGACCCGAACGCUGCGACUCAAGAAUGAAUGAGGCCUUCCACCCGGCUCCUGUCCUGUCCCAGCCACCACCACCACCACCAACAACAACCAAACACCAGGCUGCCUGACUACUCCUACUGUUCGACAAUGGUGCACUCUUCUCUGUUUCCAAACGGGUUUCAGCCACUGUAGACACUGUAACUAUGUUCUAGAAUGCUGUCAGUCAAAUCUUCCUUCCUGUGGCCAUGUUUGGGUGUGUGUGUGUGUGUGUAUUUGGGGACUUAGUAGUCCACCAACCACUAAUAGUUAGCUUGCUGCUGUUCGCUUUUCUGGAGGAUGGGAAAAAGAUAACCGUAUGUGCCCCUCCAAAGGUGUUAACUUUAGACGUGUGCAUUUUAAGUACAACUUCUUGAUGUAUUUUCUACAUUAUUUGAUUAUAUUUUUUUGUAACAAAAAAACCCAACACCUCUUGUGUUAAUUUGGUGUUACUUUUGUGACAACGUUGAACGGAAUAUUUGCAAAGUGCCAUUUUGAGCCACCUGCCAAUGAUGUGUUUAAAAGUGCAUGAGUUGCGUAGACAUGCAUUUCAGAAAAGUGUUAUUGUGGCAGAGGCUUCAAGUGUGAUUGGGAAUACCUCCGUGGAAUAGAAAUAAAUAUUCAGAAGCAAAUCAAAUGAGCUUAAAUUAAAUUCACAUGACAUCACAUUCAACAGAGACAAGAACUUGUACAUGUUCGUGACCUGCUGAUUUAGCAGUGGAGUGCAGUGGUAUGUCUGAAUUAUUACUAUUACUAACAAUUGUUUAGAGAUAUGCUUUCUAAUGUAUUUUUUUUCUUGAACACCUGUUUAAUAGAUUCUGAAUAAUUCAUUUGAUGCGGAAUUUUCUACAUAAAUGUCAUGGAUGUGUGAUGAAGUUUCCUUAUUUGUUUG